ACAAGGCCACGCAGGUAGUUCGAGACCUGUCUUACCGUCCCCCUUUUUGUCCCUCAGGUUUCCCUUGCAUCGCUCUGAGGACGCUGCGGAGUCCCAUCUACCUGCUGGUGGUUCUGGCGCAGGUCAACCUGGCGGCGCUGCUGGCCGGCCUCGCCACCUUCAUGGCCAAGUUCAUCGAGAGACAGUUCAGCCAGACUGUCUCCUUCUCCACCAUGAUGAUAGGGGGGGUGUGCAUCCCGCUGGCGGUGCUGGGCAUCGUCCUGGGCGGCGUCCUGAUGCGGAGGUUGAACAUUUCGGUCGCCGGUGCCAGUAAGUUGUGCACCGCCGCCAUCUUGCUCUGCUUGUUCUCCUCCACGCCGCUGCUGCUCGUUGGCUGCUCCACCCAGAGGGUCGCCGGCGUCUAUCCUCCCAGGUACUCACACCGUCACUCUGCCGAACUCACACCGUCACUCUGCCGAACUCACACC